AUGUCACACUUCAACCACACGAGCACCUCCUUCUUGCUGACUGGCCUCCCAGGCCUGGAGGCUGUGUACAUCUGGCUCUCCAUCCCUUUGUGUGCUAUGUAUGUGGCCUCUCUGGCAGGGAACAGCCUGAUCCUGUGGGUGGUGAGGUCGGAACCCUCGCUUCACCAGCCCAUGUAUUACUUUCUAUCGAUGCUGGCAGUGACAGACCUGGGCCUAUCUGCCUCCACGCUGCCCACUAUGCUUCCCAUCUAUAUACUGGGGCUCAGAAAGGUGGCGGUGGACUUGUGCUUGGUGCAGCUCUUCUUCAUCCACACCUUCUCUGUCAUGGAGUCCUCUGUGCUGCUGAUUAUGGCCUUUGACCGUUUUGUGGCCAUCAGCAAACCCCUGCGCUAUGGUACCAUCCUCACAAAUCCCCGGAUUGUCAGUUUGGGAUUGGCCAUCAUGGUGCGCAGUGUGGGUCUCCACGUCCCAGCCCCCAUCAUGCUGAAGAAGCUGCCUUACUGCAGGAACCACCUGCUCUCCCAUUCCUACUGCCUGCACCCGGAUGUCAUGAAGCUGGCCUGUGCUGACACCCACAUCAAUAGUGCCUAUGGCCUCUUUGUUGUUCUCUCUACGCUGGGUGUGGACUCGGUGCUCAUUAUUCUCUCCUAUGGGUUAAUCCUCCAGACAGUGUUGUCCAUUGCCUCUAAGGCUGAGCGUUUGAAAGCCCUCAAUACCUGUGUGUCCCACAUCUGUUCUGUUCUGCUCUUCUACACACCUAUGAUCGGCCUGUCCAUGAUCCACCGGUUUGGGAAGUGGGCUUCCCCCUGCAGCCGUGUGGCGCUCUCCUAUCUCCAUUUUCUUAUACCACCAGUGCUCAAUCCAGUCGUGUAUACCAUCAAGACCAAGCAGAUCCGACUGAGGAUGCUGCGCAUCUUCUUGUCAUGUGGAGCUGGCAUCAGUGACAUAAGGAGUCAUUAA